AGUUGGCAUGCGAGCAACAGAGAAGAAGACGUCACAGAGCGCUUUUUCCUUUCCUUUUUAUUUGUUUUGGUCCCCCUAACAAGCUUAAUUAGUUGAUCAUGUCGCAUGUAUCCCUUCUCGGUGCGGCGCUGAGUAUGUCCGUCACCACUAUUGGUGCAGGUGUGCUCGCCAUCCCCGCCACCUUCGAAUCGGACGGCGUUGCCCUCGUCGCGCUGGCGCUGAUCGCCGUGGGCGUCUUCACCGUCAUAUCGAUCGACUUCCUCAUCCUGUGCGUCAUCAAACUGGGUGCGAAAAGCUACGAAGAGAUCUCUGACGAGCUGCUCGGUCGCAUCUUCAAGGAGAUCAUUCGGUGGAUGCUCAUCGCCUACAACAUCGGCACGGCUGUCGGCUACAUCGUCGUCAUCGGCGAGAUCUUUACACCCAUGCUGCCCGUCAUUCAAAUGUACGUGCCGUGGUUUUCGACGUCGUCGCACGUCAUGAUCGCCUCGUGGGCGCUCAUCAUGCUGCCCCUGUCGUGCUUCCCGAAAGUGUCGCACCUGCACGCCACCUCUUUCCUCGCCAUCGCGGCCACCUUCAUCAUGUCGAGCAUCAUUGUUUACCGCUACUUCGUUCCUCUCCGUCCCAUCCCAGCCGAGCGCGGCGUCGACGAAGACAUCAAGUACUUCCGCUUCUCCUACCGCUCUCUCCUCGCCCUGCCGGUGGUGAUGUUCUCCUUCGACUGCCAGUCCCUUGUGUUCCAGGUUUACACCGGGCUGAAGGUGCCGACGCGGUACAGCAUGGCAAAGGUGGCCACGACGAGUGUGCUGGUGACGAGCCUCAUUUACGGCCUCGUCGGCUUCUUCGGCUACGCGUCCCACACGCCGCAUGUGCACGGCAACAUCCUCACCAACUACAACCCGCUGCGCGACCAUCUUUUUGCCGUGGGGGAGAUUCUCUACUCCAUCACGGUGAACGUCGCGUACGUGCUGAUUCUCAUUCCCUGCCGCGACGCAAUUUUUCAGAUGGCCUACGGCUUCAGCCACACACACGAGUCGCUGGACAUCCCGAACCACAGCAACAUCAUCGUGAGUGUGCUGCUGUCCCUUGCUUGCCUGUGCUUCGCGCUGAUGGCACCUGGAUUCCUCUUCAUAGUUGCCCUCAUGGGCGCCUUCUGUAGUAGCACACUGUGUUUCACCUACCCCGCGCUGUUUCGCCAGCGAUUGCAUGUGUUAGGUAUCGCGCCGUACGUUGGGUAUGAGCGCUACGCCGUGCUGGCCAUGUACGGCUUUGGUUUCGUCGGUUUCAUGUUAGGCUUCUUUGUGCUCUUUGGGUUGUAA